AUGAGUGACGAGACAAAUGAAGACAUCUCUGCCUCCAACACGACCCCCACUGCCCCCACCCCUAACCCCUCCCACACCGCCCACCCCCACAAUGACAAGCUGUGGGUCGUGAACGACAGGCCCACACCAUCGCCCACUCCAUCGGUGGUCAGCUCCGACUUAAGACAAUUGAGUCAAACGAUAAUGAAUUCGUUGCAGUGGAUCAAUGACUUCAGUCCAACCAAUAUCUUCCAGAACUUCUUGUCGACGAAUCCCUUCCGCAGACGUAAUAGUAAUAAACAGACGACAGACCAGACCAUCGCUCACCACAACCUCCCAAACGUGGAUCACGCGAGCGAUGGCCGACCCGUCGCUCAGCUGCUGAACGGGACACUCAUCCCGACGGCCAAGUCGUUGGAGUUCAUCGAAUUAGCCAACUUUGGGAUCGUGGAGAUCGACCACAAGGAGAGUGGUGUCGGACACGACUUCCAGCUGAUUGAGACCCUAUCUGCCAAUUGGUGCGACAGUUGCGGUGAAUUCAUGUGGUCAUCGGUGGCCAACACCAACCCCAAUGAGACCCUAUGUGAGCACCAUUACGGCAAAUACCUGCGCUGUUCUCAAUGCAAAUACAUAUGUCAUCCGCGGUGUCGAGAGUUGGUUCGCAUCGACUGUCAGGGAGUCUGCGAAACGCCUUAUCUGUUCCAAGCGCUGUCCCGCUCCUCAUCGCCGCUCUUCUGCGAGUCAUUGAUGUCUAAAAUACAUAAAUAUAAUGAGAAGCGAAGGGCAAAGGGGUCGGGUCUGGGCAUCACUGUCACCGAUGAGACCAAUCAGGCGUUCCGAGGCUUUCUGCGCGUCCACCUCAACCUCAGUCGACCCAUUAAUGUCAUCUCCGGUCGUCGGCCGCCCUCUAUAUACGACAUCAUUAACGACGAGGAGACCAAUGGGACGGUUAAGCGCCGGACACUCACCAGCUUUUAUAUGCCGAGAGACACCGUCAAGAAUAUACACAUCACGAGUGAUAACACUAGUCUUCAUGUGAUCAAAGCCAUGCUUAAGAAGUUCAAAGUGGUGGACAACCCCCAGAAGUUCGCGCUAUACCUGCGCUCCAAAGACCCGGUCACCGAUCAGACAGUACUUAAGCGUAUCGGCGAUCAGGAGAAGCCGUUAGUCAUACAACUCGAGUGCGACGAAGAAGAGGACGAGAAACAGGUUGUGCUUCAGGAGAACGACACGGCGGACAUCGCGUGGGAUGCCUUCGAGGUCCCGGAGCUCAACAACUUCAUUAAAAUACUGGACAGGGAGGAGAGGGAGCACUUGACACAAGUGUUCAUUAGAUAUCGACUCCUGAAGGAUACCAUUCUUAAGAUAAUCGCCGCCGAAGAACAA